GAGGCCGCGCCCGCCAUGCAGGCCCCGUCGGGCCCCGAGCCCCGCGCCCCGGCCCCGGCCCCGGCUUCUUCCCCGGCCGCGGCCUCAGCCUCGGCGCCGCCGCGCGCCCCGGAGCUGGCGAGGCUGCGCGAGGAGCAGGAAAAGGUGGUCACUAACUGCCAAGAGAAAAUCCAGCAUUGGAAGAAGGUAGAUGAUGACUAUAAUGCCUUGCGAGAAAGACUCAAUACCUUGCCUGAUAAAUUGUCUUAUAAUAUCAUGGUACCAUUUGGCCCCUUUGCCUUCAUGCCGGGAAAACUUGUCCACACUAACGAAGUCACUGUUUUACUUGGGGACAACUGGUUUGCGAAGUGCUCAGCAAAGCAGGCCGUAGGUCUAGUUGAGCACCGGAAAGAACAUGUAAGAAAAACAAUAGAUGAUUUAAAAAAAGUGAUGAAAAAUUUUGAAUCCAGAGUUGAAUUCACAGAAGAUUUGCAGAAAAUGAGUGAUGCAGCAGGGGAUAUUGUUGACAUAAGAGAAGAAAUUAAAAGUGACUUUGAGUUUAAAGCAAAACACCGAAUUGCUCAUAAACCUCAUUCCAAACCAAAAACUUCAGAUGUUUUUGAAGCAGAUUUUGAAAAUGAUGUAAGAUACAAAGAUUUGCUGGCUGAUAAGGAACUGUGGGCUCGACUUGAAGAGCUGGAGAGACAAGAAGAAUUGCUGGGUGAACUUGAUAGUAAGCCUGAUCCUGUGAUUGCAAAUGGAGAAGAUGCAGCAUCUUCCGAAGAGGAAAAGGACGAUCGAAACACAAACGUGAAUGUGACGUGUCAAGUGACAGCCCCCCUCACUCCCGGCAGUUGUCACGAGGGUGUGCCAAGUUCAGAACUGUUCAGUGGUCACAUGAAUAGUCAAUUGAACUGUUCAGUGAAUGGUUCAGAUUCUUAUCACAGUAAUGAAGAAGAUGAUGAUGGUGAUGAUGGUGAUAAUGACCAUGAGGCUUUAGGGCUUGGAGAUGAUUCUGUACCAACCAUAUACUUUUCUCACACUGUUGAGCCUAAGAGGGUCCGAAUAAAUACUGGAAAAAAUACCACUUUAAAAUUCAGCGAAAAGAAAGAAGAAGCCAAACGCAAGCGGAAGAGCAGCUCUGGCAGUGGCCACUCUGCCCAGGAGCUGCCUGCGAUCAGGACUCCGGCUGACAUUUACAGAGUCUUUGUGGAUGUUGUGAACGGAGAGUACAUCCCCCGCAAGUCGAUCCUGAAGUGCAGGAGCAGAGAGAACAGCGUGUGCAGCGACACCAGCGAGAGCAGCACCGCGGAGCUCGACGACAGGCGGGGGGUGCUGAGGAGUCUCAGCUGUGAAGAAGCCACGUGCAGUGACGCCGGGGAGAGCAUGCUGGAAGAGGAGCCACAGCAAGGAAGUCACCAGAAGAAACCUUUGCCCUUGUCGGGAACACAUGAGGCUUUUUCUGGGACGGUGAUAGAAAAGGAGUUCUUGUCGCCCUCCUCAGCACCGCACCCGGCCAUCGCGCACCCCGCACUCCCCACCAUUCCGGAACGGAAAGAAGUUCUUGCAGAAGCCUCAGAAGAAACCGUAAAGAGGGUUUCAAAGUUCAAAGCUACCAGAUUGCAACAGAAAAACUAGGCCCUGCCUAGGAAAUGGGAAUUUACCUCCUAGAACCCAGUUGUGCGUUUGUUUAGAGGACACACAGCGAAAUAUGUCAUGUUAUUGGAAAUCAGGCUUCCUAAGCUAAUUUGGCAACAGGUUCUUUUACCCUUAUCUGUGGUAUUUAAAAAAAAAUCAAAGUAAAUGCUUGUUCUGUUAAUUUUCUGAAUACGGUCAACACUCUUGUCUAAGUUCGCCUUAUGGUGCAGUAGCAGCGUUUUGAGUUACUUUUCAACAAAUACUGUUCAUAUGCAUUGUUUUUGUGUUUUCAACCUAAAUACAGGCAGUUUUGUACCAGCUGUGAUGUUGUGCCUACCAUAUGGACAUUUUAAAGGAAAUUUUUAAAUUUCAAACAGAUUCAACAGUUAUAUUACUUGCUUUCACAUUUUAAAGCCACUUUAAAAUCUCCUUGUCUUGUAGGUUUUGCAGCUAGGUGGCUGUUUAAAAAGAAACCUCUCCCCUCUGAAUGUCAUACUGUGAUCCUGAAGGCAGAAAGCUGUGUGGACCCUAGGGCAAAGUUUCUUUGGUUGGAAGUGUGAUAUUUUGUAAAACAUUUUUUUUCAAGUAAAAAUUUUAUGAAACUCGGUCUCUAAAGUGUUGUGAACUUCAUGAUUCCGAGUGUAGAUCUGUCUUCAAUUCAUACGUGGGCUGUGGCACCCCAUGACAAAGCCUCUCGCAGGUCCAGGGCAGGACACCACUUACCGUGUGCAGUUUUCACUGGGAUGACGUUUUGGGAGUGAGGGAAGGGUUGUCUAGAUGCUAAAAAACAGAUUUUCUAAAUAAAAAUUUCUUAUGUUCUUAUCUUC